ACCAUUGGUGCAUAUCCUGUGGGUCGCAAGGAUAAUAAAAUUGAAAUGGUACUAUUCGUGCUCACUCACUUUAAUGAUAGGGAUCUUGAAACCCAGGCCAUUUUUGAGAGAGAUCAUUUUUACUCUGUGGGUGGUAAGAUCAUACCUAGAUUUUAUACAGGCAAUAAAAGGCCAAAGAUGACAGUUUCAAUUUCGACUGAGGUAAAAAUUUUAAACAGAGUUGUUCAGUUAAACAAAUGUCUGUUAAAAAUUUCUCUAAUUGGAGUUCCUCAAGAAUUGCCAAAGGUACUGGAGAAUGAUGAGAAUGCAAUUUUCAACGUGUUAAUUAAUGAUUAUGCUAUUCAAGAUCAUAAUUUUAUAGCUAAGAUUGCAUUUCCAUAUUCUAAUUCACGUUUUGCACACUUGAAGAGUAUGAUUCGUCCACAUGAUUCACUUGUAUUCAUCAUUGGUCAGAUGAAAGUCAUUGAUAAUGAUUUUUAUAUCUAUGCAAAAGAGAUUAAUUUUAUUGAUAUUAGUAGUUUUAAGCGAAAAAUUUCUAAUGAUAGUAGUUCUAGUGGUUCUACUGAAGCUGUCAAUACAAUUCGUGCAAAACUUCUUCUUACUCACCGAAUUAUUCACAGAAAUUCUCAAGAUACUUCAAAAAUUGAGGAAUCAGCUUUAACAGUUUUUACAGAUAAUUUGUUAUUGCCUGGAAGCACUUCUUCAAAGCGUGUUAGAAUUGAAGAUGAUAAUGAAUCUAUCGAAUUUAUCAAUGUUUUUGGUUCUACUGAUAAUAAUUAUACGAAGUCUGUUGGAAUUAAUAGUUCUUGUGAGGUUAUUCAAGAUGAUAAAAUUGAAAAUAAAGUAAAAAUUGAGAAUCGUCAAGAAAAUGUUGUACAUGGUGGUAAAAAAGAAAAGGAUUAUAUAGGUUGCUCCUUGUGUAGUGCUUUAAGGUCUCAUAAGUCUGGUACAAAUGUUAUUGGUAAUGAGAAGGAAUAA